CCUCCGCAUUAUUAUCGGGGAUGAGUUCGUGCCAGGCGGAUGGUCGGCGCAGCGGCCGUAAGCGGCGUAAGACUGGGCCAGACUCGCGCUACAGUUGGGUGGUCGCUUUGGCAUGUGGCGGUGUCAAUGUCUUCAUGCACGCCUCGAGCAAAGUGGUGGGCCUGCUUUUCUUCGGCAUGCUCGACCAGUUCACCGUGAGUCGAGAGACGGCUGCGUGGCCACUUGUUCUCAACAACACUCUGCUCAAUGUUGCAGCACCAGCCUUCGGUUUCCUGUCCAAGUUCUUCCCCAUACGCAACAUCAUCCUGCUCUCGUCGGCCAUCUCAUCGGUGUCCGUGGCGCUGUGCUUCUUCGUCUCGGAUGUCUUCUACAUCUCUCUGCUUUUCGGCGUUAUCCACGGCGCAGCCACCUGCGGAGCCGUGUUGAUGACGCAGGUGUGCAUCAACCAGCACUUCAUCAGGAGGCGCGGCACGGCGGCUGGCGUGGUGUCGGCCAUCUCUAGCCUUAACUGCGUCAUAUUCCCGCCGCUGUACGAGUACUGGAUGAGCCACUACGACCUGCACUGGAGCUUCCUGCUCUUGGGCGCGAGCAUCUUGAACUCGAUGGCGUUCGGCCUGCUGGUGCGCUCGCCGAGCUGGCUCAUCGUCAACCCGGUGGACUAUUCCAAACGCCGCAAGAGCAUAUUCACGCGCGCCAACGUGGCCAACAAGGGUCUGGCCAGUUGGAUCACGCACUUCAGCGAGGACAACAGCGACUCGUCCGACGAAGAGGGACACCUGGAGGCCUCUCGCCACCUGUCGGGCUCGGUGCGCUAUUUCUUCAGCGAGGGCGGCGGCAUCUCCACCUCGGACAGCCAGACGCAGAUUGAAAUGAUGCCCGUGCGCAUUGCGCCCGUCGCCGAAAGUCAGGGACAGGUGGCACAUCAGCUGCUCAUACGCACGCCCGACCCGUUGGUGACCAUCCCGACCGGGUACACGCUCUGCAAGCCCCUGGAGCCCACGCGUGGCGGCCAUUUCCAGCUCAAGCAGGCCGAUGACGACGAGGGCGACAAGAGGCACAAGUUCUGGAAGAUUGCAAAGACCUUCCUCACCAUCUCCUUCUGGCACCUGACGCUCUCGCAGUUUCUCGUGCAGUUCGGCCUCGGUGUGUUCUUACUAACCAUAAUCGACUUUUCAAACGACUGCGGCAUUGGUGCAAAGGACUCGGUUUUUUUCAUGACGUCUUUCUGCAUCGGGGACAUGCUCUCCCGUGUGGUGACAGGUCUCAUUGCCGACAGAGGAUCAGUCUACCUGGAGUUCGUAGUGGCCCUAGCGUACGUUCUCCAGGGCGUCUGCUACGAGUUCAUGUGCUACAUCAAGAGCUACCUGUACCUGCUCCUCUUGACUCUGGGCAUCGGCAUCAGUCACGGUUCGAGAAUCUUCCUGCUCCCCAUUUUCCUCACCAGGAGCUUCGGACUUCGGGGACUCUCUGUCAAUCUCAGUGUCGCCACCUGCAUAUGCGGCGUCUUGGCACUAUUCAGGCCACUUCUCAUCGGCUACUUCAGAGACCAGCAGGGCACUUACAAGGGUCUGUACCAUCUCAUCUGCAUUGUCAACAUGGCAGUAGCCGUCACGUGGUUCAUCAAAAUGCUGCUCAUCCGGAAAAAGGACAGAAUCCAACUUCAAGGAAUCUAGAAAAUUGAACAAUUAUAUUGAACAUGUCAUUUCUGUAAUCAAGAACUGCGAUCCUGGUGACGAAAAAGAUGUGCAUCAAGAUCGCAUUCGGCAGUGCUGCUUACUGCUAGUCCGCAAUUCCUCCGCACCUUGCAGCAAACAAAUCCAACAAAAGUUUCUUUCAUUUUCGAGAAGAAGCUGAUCCGGGUUGCUGCCCUGCACUGGGACAGAACGAGUAGAAAUAUAAAAAAAAAAGCUCGCGCAAGCUAGCAGAGCUGGUGGGCACCUAUUCCACCCCUUGCUAUACUUUACUAUAAAUGAAAGAAUGAGAGAAACAGUACAGAAAGCAUGUAGCGAAAACAAUGACAAACGACGUGGGCAUUGGUUACCUCGCUGCCACAGUGAUCACUAUCUGUCAUUCUGAAUCCGUAAGCAAAUCUGUUCGUUUAAUGACACUCCAAGCCGCAGGCGGCAAAGGACGCUUGUGUUAGAUCGGGAUAGUUAGAAUAGGAUUCCGAAUUAGAGUGACGGAUCGAGACGGUGAAGGCGGGUAUGCAGAAAACCGAGCGUAUUCCACAGUUAAUGUGUGACAUCACGCAGUUAAAGAAUGUUCCAAAGGACUGCACCUAGGGGCGGUCAUUAUCUUCACGACAAAUCUCAAUAGAAUAUCGUGUAUUCGCCAAACGUUUGCUGAUAAUAAUCCCGGUGAUUUUUUGUAUUAAAAACGUUGCAAUCUAUG